GAUGAGCAUGAGUGACUUCCUUAGUGCUUCGGAUAUUGCUGCUGCACUCCAAGAUUGUCAAGCUCCAGAUAGCUUCAACCACAGAAAAUUCUUCCAGCUUACUGGGAUGUGCAAAAAGAGCAGCAGCCAAAUCAAGGACAUUUUCCAAAUCAUAGACCGCAAUCAAAAUGGAUUUAUUGAAGAAGAUGAGUUAAAAUACUUCCUCCAGAGGUUUGACCCCGGGGCUCGCUUCUUAACAGCGACAGAAAUCGAAAAAUUUCUGACGGCAGGAGACCACGAUGGAGAUGGGAAAGUUGGGGCUGACGAAUUUGGGGAGAUGGUACAAUCCUAAAGGACCAGAAGCAGCUUGCGUGAUGGAAGAACCUCUGCUGCCCCGAAAGAGUUCUCUUGAAACUUUCAAACCCAAGGAUCCUUUCGUUAUGCUUUGCCUCCUCUUCAGUGGUGUGUUACUACAGGUAGUCCUCAAGAUACGACCGUAACGGAGCCUGCCCAUUAAGGUUGUGACAGUUGUUAGUUGAAGCUGACCCCAUAUCUCCGCUCUCCCCGAUGAAUCAUUAAACAAACACGUGGGUCAUUAAAUGGAGCAUGGGAUGCUUCAGGUGGGAACCUAGCAUAGACCUUGGUCCUCCCAAGGCCUCCCCCACCCCAAGACGUCACGUGCUCCCCUUCCCAUCCCUUGGGUCCCCAUGGAGUGGGAUGAAGGGGGGAGAGGCAGGGUGUGUGUAGCAUCCCUGUGUUUGGUCAUAAAAGACGAAUGACCACAGAGACAUUGCAGCCGUUGUAACUUUGAAACAGGGUCGUGUGUCAUUUGGGACCCUCUGUUAUAACUUUGAACGUGUCAUAUCUCGAGGACUACCAGUCCCAUUUCCAAGUGUUAAUUCUCUCAAGCUACCGAAUAAAGAUAAUUUAUGCUGGUGCAGAUUUCAAAGUCAUUUGUCUCUGUGGUAGAAUGGAGGGAUGUCCCUCUUUCAACAGCGGCACCUAAGUCAGGGGCCUCCAAUCUUGACAACUUUAAGACUUGUGGACUUCAACUCCCAGAGUUCCUCAGCCAGGCAAAGAUGAGGUGGGAAAAAUAAAAUAAAAUAAAAAUAAAAACUAAGCCUGUUGACCCCAAGUAGGCUGCCAGCAUCUCUUCUAUGGCUUCUAGACCUGAGCAAAAGAUUUUGGAUGUACAGGUAGUCCUCGACUUACAACAGUUCAUUUAGUGACCAUUUAAAGUUACAACGGCAUUGGAAAAAGUGAUUUAUGACCAUUGCAGCAUCCCUCUGAUCACGUGAUCAAAAUUGGGACUGAUUCAUAUUUAUGACAGUUGGAAUGUCCCGGGGUCAUGUGAUCCCCUUUUGCGACCUUCCAACGAGCAAAGUCAAGGGGGAAGCCAGCUUCACUGAACAACUGUGUUACUAACUUAACAACUGCUGUGAUUCACUUAACAACCGUGACAAGAAAGAUCGCAAAAUGGGUCACAACUCACUUAACCAGUGCUUUGCUUAGCCGCAGAAAUUUUGGGCUCAUUUAUGGUCGUUAGGUUGAGGAUUACUGUGGGUGUGAGUCGAUGCGUAGUAAACAGAUCCAGAAAGCGGUAAAUAACCAAUGAAUGAAACUCUAAUCUUCUUACGCAAACAGUAUAACAAAUAUAAUAUAAACCUAUCUUUCGCAUUUGAAAUUGAAAAAUCUGAUACAAACCUAUCUUUCUCAUUCGAAAUUGUCA